AUGGUGAAUCUCAUGGUCCUCAAGACUCAGCCGGGCCUGGUGUCGGAGUACAACAAGACGGCGCCGCAAGAGCAGGUGAUCCGGAAGGGGGACCGGAUUCGCAAGGUGAACGGGAAGUCCGGGCGCGCGGAUGAGUUGCUGGCGUAUCUGACCUUGGAGGGAAAGCUGGACCUGGAAGUCCAGCACUGCCAGGAGUACGAGUUUCACAUUGAAAAGAAGGGGAAGACGCUGGGGCUUCAGCUCGCAGUCACUGAAAAGGCGUCCUGUCUGACAGUGGAGCGGGUGGAGCCCCAUGGCGUGAUCGCCAGGUUGAAUGAAGCGCAUGAUCACAAGAUCCAAGCGCACGACAAGAUCAUGGCUGUGGACGGCACCCACGGCUUGGCGCCUCGCAUGGAAUGCAUUGGAUGGGAUGGGUGGAAAAUCAACUGGGUGUCUGGAGUUACCGGUGCAAAGGACAUCGUUCGCACCAGUCAGGCGGAACCAACGGUGUGGCAAAAUCUUGCGGAGAACGGAGGAGCCUCGCGGAAUCAAGCGGUCAAGCAGAGCUCAGGCAAAGACUACAAGCUCGCACGCCAGCUGCAGAAGGAGGAGGAGCGUUCCGCCCGCGCAAGCGGCAGCGGCUCUCGUCCGGCUCGGCCACAGCCACAGAGGCCAAAUUGGCAAAGCGCGGGCAGCGGCCAAACCCUUGGAGGCGACGGGAAUGACGCCAGCCUGAGCCCAGAGGAGAGGAGGCAGCGUGCGCUGGAGGCCGCAGAGCGGCGCCAGAAUCAAGUGAAGGGCGUCUCAGCCGAGAAGGUCCAGGAGAUGCGUCUCAAGGAGCAGAAGGAUGCCCUCCUCGGCAAGUUGGCGGAACACUAUGCGCGCCAGAAGUUGGAGAUGCCCAUGGGCCUCAACGCCGCCUCAGUAGAGCAGCUGAAGCAACACUGGGACACGGUGAGAAAGGACAGGGGCCGAGAAGAUGCACUUCUUCAGUAA